CUCCACCAUGGGCACUUACAUCGAGAGCGUGGCGAGUGAGGAAGAGCACAUCUUCAGGAGCCAGUACCCUGCAGUCCCUAUCCCGAACUCCACCCUUCCGGAUUUCGUUCUCCAUGGUGCCGAACUAUAUGCUGACAAGGUGGCGUUUGUGGACUCUGUGUCGGGGAGAUCGUACACUUACGCAGAGGUGGCUAGGGACACCAGGAGGUUCGCCAGAGCUCUGAGGUUGCUCGGUCUGAGGAAGGGGAGGGUAGUGAUCGUGGUGCUGCCGAAUGUCGCUGAGUAUGGAAUUGUUGCCCUUGGCAUAAUGGCGGCUGGUGCUGUGUUCUCUGGCGCUAACCCGGCGAUGCAUGCUUCGGAAAUUAAGAAGCAGGUGGAGGCUGCCGACGCCAAGCUAAUCGUGACAGAUGGACUGAAUUAUGAAAAGGUAAAAAGCUUUGGCCUUCCCGUCGUCGUGCUGGGCGGAGAGCAAAUAGAUACGGCCACAAACUGGGACGAUUUGCUCAAAGCAGGAGACCGUGCGAGCAUCAGUACAGUUCAAGAAAAUGCCGACCACAACGAUCUGUGUGCCCUCCCUUUCUCUUCGGGCACCACAGGUAUCUCAAAAGGCGUGAUGCUGACUCACAGGAACUUGGUGGCUAACCUGUGCUCCACGCUCUCCAGCUUCCCGCCCGAAAUGGUGGGUCAGGUCACGAUACUUGGCCUGAUUCCGUUCUUUCACAUUUACGGUAUCACCGGAAUCUGCUGUGCGGGCCUCAAGAAUAAGGGGAAGGUUGUGGUCAUAAAUCGGUUUGAUCUCCGGAGCUUUCUUAAUGCUCUGAUCACGCACGAAGUCAAUUUUGCACCGAUCGUGCCUCCAAUUAUAUUGUCUCUGGUAAAGGACCCAAUAGUAGAUGAGUUCGACCUCAGUAAGCUCAAGCUCAGUGCCAUAAUGACUGCAGCGGCCCCACUAGCACCAGAAAUUCUCUCUGCCUUCGAGAAUAAGUUCCCCGGAGUCCAGGUUCAAGAGGCAUAUGGGUUAACAGAGCACAGCUGCAUAACGCUCACCCAUGGGGACCCCAGAAAAGAUCACAGCAUCUCGAAGAAAAAUUCAGUGGGUUUUAUCCUCCCGAAUUUGGAAAUCAAGUUCAUCGAUCCGGAGAACGGCCAGUCAUUGCCCAAGAACACGCCUGGGGAACUAUGCGUCAGAAGCGAAUGCGUGAUGCGAGGUUACUACAAGAACGAGGAAGAGACAUCGAGGACCAUAGACAAGGACGGGUGGCUCCACACAGGCGAUAUAGGGUACAUCGAUGACGAUGGAGAUGUUUUCAUCGUUGAUCGCAUCAAGGAACUGAUCAAGUAUAAGGGUUUCCAAGUCGCUCCGGCUGAGCUAGAGGCCAUUCUUCUUACUCAUUCCUCCAUCGACGAUGCAGCAGUAGUCCCGCUUCCCGAUGAAGAGGCGGGAGAGAUCCCGGCGGCAUGCGUCGUGCUGAACCCCGGCGCCAAGGAAACCGAGGACGAGAUAAUCAGCUACGUCGCCUCCAACGUGGCGGGCUACAAGAGAGUACGGGCGGUGCAGUUCGUGGACAGCAUCCCGAAAUCUCCAUCGGGGAAGAUCCUGAGGAGGCUCCUGAGAGACAAGAUGAUGCAGCACAUGCAGAUGAAGAUCAAGACAAAGGCGGCAGCCACACCCUGAAAACGGCAGCAAAUACCAUGUUGUUGUUGUUGUCGUCGAUCUCCCCGCGUACGAUACGAUAUCGCAUCAAUGAUUAAAACUCUAAAAGCCAAAGGGGCCUUGUCCAAGAA